AUGCAUGGAUACAAGAUUCUCAAUUCGCAGCUCAGUGCCUGGAAAGACGAUUUUAAUGUUGUGCUGCAAAUUUUUGAUAUCCUGGAUAAGUUCCCGAGACUUACCAGAAACAAGAUUAUCGAUUCGAAGAUUGAGUCAACUAUCAAGCCAUUGGUUGAAUGUGGUGACGAGCGUGUGGAAAAGAAAGCAGCGGCUCUUCUGGAGGUCUGGUCCACACUGGAGGUUGGCUAUCGAAUUCCUCGAAUGAGGAGGGACCCUGCAGCUACGAAUAACACCCCGACAGUCAAUCGCUUCGAACGACGAGAGUCAUCUAAAACCGACACACAACCCACGUCAAAUUCUCGAUCACGAUCACGAUCCCGGUCCCGAUCACGUUCCAUUGAAGCUCCACGUGCCCCUGCUGCUCUCCGAAAUAACAUAGGUCCUCGUAAUUCGUAUCAUCAUGGCCCGAGACCCUUUCGUCGACCACCAUUUGCCAACCCGUUACCCCAAGGAUGGUUCGCUGCGGAAUCGAAUGGGAAGACGUACUAUUAUUCUGCCUCAGGUGCCACGACAUGGAAACGGCCAACAACUCCCGCUGCACAACCACCCCCACCACCAAAACCCGAAUCUAAGGACAAAGCAUUGCAGGAUAUUAUUGAUGGUAUCAUGAACGCGAAAGAGAACACCCCAAAAACGCAGGAUAGGUCGGAGACCCCUACUACCUCCACACUCAGAGAUGCAAAAGCUCCAGAGAAAAAAGAACACAAGGAAAAGUGGCGAUCAUACAGUGAAGAAAAGCAAAAGAAACUCUAUGAGAAUACAAUAUUUCCUCAUGUCAAAUACGUUGUAGAUAAGUUUAAACACAAGUUACCAAAAGAGGACCUGAAGCGCUAUGCGAAAGAGGUGGGGAAAAAGCUUGUGAACUCUGAUUUCAAAAACAAUCGUGUGAGCGACCCAACAAAAGUCAGCGACAAACAAGUCAAACAAAUCAAAAAGUACUGCAAAGAGUACUUCGAUAAAGCGGUUGUGAAACAACGAGCAUACGAAAAGAAAAAGGCAGAAAAGAAAGCGAGGGAUGCCGUCAAGUCUUCAACCGAAGACUCAAAGGAUGAGGUCAAGAAUCCUGAGUUGUUGCUAUCGCAGGAAACACAGGACAUUAAAAGGGAGGAUGAGAGCGACGUCGAAGAUGAUUUAAAAAUGUCAGAUGACGAGAUGGACAAGGUGGAAGAUAAGAAAUCUUCACCAAUGAGCGUCGACGAAAAUAGCCUGAAGCGGAAGAGGGGUGCUGAUAGCAACCUCGAUGCGGAUAUCGGUAGUAGGGCCGACUCCCCUUGUAAAAGGACAAAAUCAGCCACUCCGCCUCCAUCAGAUUCAGAAUUGACUCCAGGCAAGGAUGGCGUCGAGGAACGCUCUAAACUCAAGCGGGAAGAGCAAGAAAAUGGUGAUGGAUAUAAGAGUGACUCUUCCUCCCCUGGAAAGCGACAGAGGUCCUUAUCGCCUCCACCUCCCCCGCCACCUCCACCACCUGCGGAUACAUACGAAAUGUGUGACGUGGGCGAUGGCAGCAGCAAGGAAGGCACAGAACUUGGUUUGGAUGAAGAUGGGGAUCUGCACAUAAACAGAGUGCCAAGUGUCUCAAUACCGGAUCAAAAGAACGGAAACGAAGCAUUGGAUAAGGAGGUCUUAUAG